GGAUCAGCAGUGAGCAGAAAUGGCAUCUUGGGUUGGACUGUUGCUGAUGAUGUGUGGAGUUUCUCAUGGUGUGGAAACUUACUGUGAUGGCAGACAGAAUGGGACCCAAUGUUAUGGAGCUUUGGGAGGAACUGUGAAGAUCCAACUGAUGAGCCAAAUCUUAGAAAUACCCAGAUAUCAGCUGUUCAGAAAUUCAGUAAAAAUACUAGAUGUCAAAAAUAAUAGAGUUCUUCGUAAUGUCACAGAACAUAGGCUGCUCUUUGUUCGCAGUAAUGUAACAUUUAGGAUCAAUAAUCUCAACAAGAAUGAUAGUGGUAAUUAUACCCUUCAAUUCUUUUGUUCAGAUUAUCAGGUCUGUGCGACUCUACGGUUGUUUACUCAAGGUAAUUUUGUCCCUUGUUGUCUCACAAAAUAUCAAAUACAUGUACUUUUGCUUUCGCAGUUCUUAAUUGAAGACUACAAAGAAAAAUCAAGAUCCUUUUAUAGUACCAAAACUCAUCUGUGUGUGUUUCUCUCAGCUCCUGUGUCCUCUGUCCUGCUGGUCUCUGAGUGUCUGUCCCAGGGAGAGAGGAGGGUGUCCUGCUCCUCUGAGGGAGGGGACAGUCCUCAGUACAGCUGGACUCUGGAUGGACGCACACUGACAGAUGCUGAGCUCCUUCCUGGAAAUAACAAGACUAACAACAUCACUGUGAAACAGCACGUCUCAGGACAUCUGGCCUGCUCAGUCAGGAACAACAUCAGUGAUGUCUCCAAAGAGGAGAGGAUAUCUACCUGUGGUGUGGAAACUUACUGUGAUGGCAGACAGGAUGGAGCUCAGUGUUAUGGAGCUUUGGGAGGAACUGUGGACAUCCAGCUGAUGGACAGCACCUCAGAAAUACCUAGAUACCAACUGUUAAAGAAUUCAUUAAAAAUACUAGAUGUGAGAGAGAAAAUGAUUCUCUCUAAUACCAUAAAACAUAGAUCUGUCUUUUUUCCUAGUAAUGGAACAUUUAGGAUCAAUAACCUGAGCAUUACAGACAGUGGUAAAUAUACCUUUCAAACCUUUGAUUCAAAUGGAAGAUCAUCAGGCGAGCGGAUUUUGCAGUUGUUUUUUCAAGCUCCUGUGUCCUCUGUCCUGCUGGUCUCUGAGUGUCUGUCCCAGGGAGAGAUGAGGGUGUCCUGCUCCUCUGAGGGAGGGGACAGUCCUCAGUACAGCUGGACUCUAGAUGGACGCACACUGACAGAUGCUGAGCUCCUUCCUGGAAAUAUUAAGACUAACAUCAUCACUCUGAAACAGCACGUCUCAGGACAUCUGGUCUGCUCAGUCAGGAACAACGUCAAUAGUGUCUCCAAAGAACAGAAGAUAUCUGCCUGUGGUGUGGGAACUUACUGUGAUGGCAGACAGGAUGGAGCUCAGUGUUAUGGAAUUUUGGGAGGAACUGUGGACAUCCAGCUGAUGGACAGCACCUCUGAAAUAUAUAGCUACCAACUGUUUAAGAAUUCAUUAAGAAUACUAAAUGUGAGGAAUAAGGUUUUUCAUAAUACGAUAGAACACAGAGCUCUCUUUUUUCCCAGUAAUGGAAAAUUUAGGAUCAAUAACCUGAGUAGGAACGACAGUGGUGAUUAUAUCCUUGAAACCUUUGAUUCCAAUGGAAGAUCAUCAGGCGUGUGGACUUUACAGUUGUUCAUUCAAGCUCCUGUGUCCUCUGUCCUGCUGGUCUCUGAGUGUCUGUCCCAGGGAGAGAUAAGGGUGUCCUGCUCCUCUGAGGGAGGGGACAGUCCUCAGUACAGCUGGACUCUGGAUGGACGCACACUGACAGAUGCUGAGCUCCUUUCUGGAAAUAAUGAGGAUAACAUCAUCACUCUGAAACAGCACGUCUCAGGACGUCUGGUCUGCUCAGUCAGGAACAACGUCAGUAAUGUCUACAAAGAACAGAGGAUAUCUACCUGUGGCUUCAUUUUCAUCAACUGCACUUCAGUCAAUGGGACACAGGUGUCAGAGUGGGUGUAUGAAGCCAAUAACACCCUGUGCAUUGAACCAACAAGUGAACCUACCACAACCACACAAACUGCAGUGGGAAAUUUGCCACUGAUCAGUGGUGUUCUCUCAACACUUAUAAUUUUCUUAGCUGUGGUUGUAGCAGCAAUCUGUGCCCAACGGAAAAAACAAAACAGAAAAACAAAAGAGGAACAAAAUGAUCAGGAAGAAAUCUUUGCUGAUCUCAGGGUCGUGAAACAGCAGGCGAAACAACUGGAGAAAAGAGCGGAGCUAGAGUUUGGCCAAGUCAAGUACUCAAAGCGUCCUCGGCAGACUGAACCAACGGGAGAUGAUUGUUUGUAUGUUAACGUCCAUAAAUUCAGGUGAUUUAAGUGGUCAGUGCUUCUACACAGACUGCAUCACAGAAGAUGCAUGGAGAGAGGAGCUGAUGUCAAAAUGUCUAAAGGUCUUUCAUUUAAUGUGAUUUCCCAUCAGAAAAAUGUAAAAAAGCUAAUACUUACUGAUUUAUUUUACUUUAUCUGUAUUAUACCAGAGGAUUACACAUGUAUUUUUUUUUUAUGAUCUCUUGAUUUACAGAUAUUAUGUUACAUAAACACUGUGAGUGUUUUCUGCUUUUGUAUUCUGCAGACACUCUAAUAGAACAUUUUUAUUUAGGAGUUUUUCUUUUUUCAUGUGAACUUGUCUAGUUUUUGACUUGGUAGAAGUUGCACCAGAUGAUCCUUAAAUUAGAAAUAAAUAAAGUAAAUGGC